AUGGCCGGAAACUUCUACGAGUCCGCUGAGGCUGUCCGUCUUGAUGGGCCCGUCCUCUUUGCUCGCCUUCGCAAUGUUGACGGCGGAUGGGAGGACGCUGAAAUUGAUUUGAACGAAUUCAUUGGUAACGUUGACGGCCAGUUUGUGUGGGACGAACCAAACUUUUUUGAGACUGCUGCGGAAGUCGAGUUCAAUUUCGAAGGAGAUGACAACGUGCCCAUCCUCCGUGCCCAGCUGCGGGACAGGGAGGGACAGUGGGUGCCAGCUGAUAUCAACUUGGGUGAAAGGCUUAUCAACAUCAAUGGUCACUUCGAGUUCCAAUAUGUAAGUUGUACCGACUUGUACAUUUUGCGUCCCAAUUACUAA